CAAAACAAGAUGUCUGCGCCCAUGUAGAAAAAAUGAAAAUAUUCAUUAUUACCAUCAUUAUAUUUUCCACGUUACUAGCAUAUUCUGUUUUUCUUAGGAGUUUCAUAUCCCCGAAAAAAGUAUUGGACGACACAUCUUCACAUGAAAAUGUUUUGCAAAAGUUGCACUCAAAUGAUAUUAUGCACCCGAUAUCAAAUGUGUAUAAAAAAAUGUUUUCAGAAGUGCUCUAUGAAAAAGUAGUUAUUGUGUUAAUUGAUGCACUAAGAGUAGAUUUUGCUGGUGGUAAACAGAUGCCAUUUCUUCAAAGUAAAAUAGAACUGAAUGGAAUGAAUUCAUUUGUUGCCAUUGUAAAACCUCCAACUGUUACAUUACCAAGAAUAAAGGCUUUGACAACUGGUAGUAUCCCAGGGUUUGUAGAUGUAGUUAUGAACUUUGGUUCUUCAUCCUUGACAGAGGACAAUGUUGUGACACAAAUGAAGCAUCAUGGGAAAAAGAUGGUAUUUUAUGGUGAUGACACAUGGCUUGAUCUUUUCCCGGACCACUUUGUCAGAUAUGAAGGGACAACUUCAUUCUUUGUAACUGACUACACCGAGGUUGAUAAUAAUGUGACCCGUCACUUGGAAAAAGAACUUUCUGAACUUGAUUUUGAUAUGAUGGUAUUACACUACCUUGGGCUUGACCACAUAGGGCACAUAGCUGGUCCCUUCAGUCCACUCAUAGGUCCAAAGCUAAAAGAAAUGGAUGAUGUUAUUAGAAACAUUUAUCAGGAAUUGAGUAAGACUGAUGUACCCAGUUUAGUGAUUGUGUGUGGAGAUCAUGGUAUGAGUGACCAGGGUGGACAUGGAGGAGCAACAGAAAGUGAGAUAAAGGUACCAGUCAUAUUCCUCAGAACAGGAGAAAUCAGUUCACAGAAGAAAAAGGAAGACAUUCCUGUUCGUGAAAUUGAACAAAUAGAUUUAGCACCAACAUUGUCUAUACUGUUAGGAACACCCAUACCUAAGAAUAAUAUUGGUACAGUAGUUACAGAGGUAUUUACUGGUUAUCAUAUACAACAGAAACUUGUAGCCUUGAUGGUCAAUGGUCUCCAGGUGGCAGAAGUUUUACAACAUAACGUUGCAGACUAUGAAUUAGAUAAAGGUUACCAGUUGUACACCAGGACACACAAAUCAUUUCUGACAUGGAUCAACAGCAACAUGUCAACAGCUGUGAGUCUAGAACAAGGAUUUAAGUUGAGAAAACAGUUUGAAGAUUCUAUAAAAUUGAUGUCAACAAAAGUGUCAUCAUCAAUUACACAGUAUGAUGUUUAUGGAUUGGUGGUUUCUAUUGUUCUGCUCUGGUUGAUUUUAUUUACACUAUUUUCAAUGGACAGACAAAACAAACAAGAUUGGAUCUUAUGGCAGGUGUUCCUUAUUGUAUCACUCAUUGGUACAUUUAGUCACAUGACUGUUUGUACCAGUGAUUGGAUACACAGUGACCUACUUUGUGACUCAACUGUCAUAUCUAGAGGACUUCAGCUAAGCAUGCUGGGAAUUUUUGCUGUGAUGAUGACCUUUGUGAUUUGCACAUUUGUUAGUGGCUCUGUGCUUGCCAUGUUAUUUUCAACUUUUAAGGAUAUUUGCAGCAGAGGAACUAUAUCUAUACUAUUGAAAACUGGUACAGUUAUACACACUUUAAGUUUACUAUCUAGUAGUUUUGUUGAAGAGGAACAUCAAACAUGGUACUUUUUCAUAGUAACCAUUCAUAUUCUGAUAAUUAAAAAUAUGUACCAACAGAUUUUUCACUCAAAAUUUGACAAAACUUUAAACACUUCUCAAAAAGAGAAAAGUCAAAAUGAAGCUGAUCCUGUCAAAUAUGACCUGAAAAAAGAUUCAUUAAAAGAAUACCAGUUACUAAAUACUGAUAAUGAGGUUGAAAGAGAUUUUAAAGAAAUUCAUCUGCUGCAUUCCAAAGUAUACCAUAAUAAAAACAGUUGUAGCAACGAAGUAUUAGGUACAUUAAGGGAAGAACCCAUUCCAUCAAGGAGAAAUAUUGCCAUGGUGAUAGUGGUGUUGUUUUUGUGUCGUCUGAUGAGAAGUUGGAACCAGACAGGAAAUAAAUGGCUGAACAUUCCUGACAUUGGUGAUUGGUUGAUCAGACCAGAGAAUGUAUAUUUGUUAUCAGUAUUAGUUGCUGUUUCCAUAUUAGUGGUGUUCCUGUGUAAACUGAUGUGGAUGAGUAUUCUACAACAGUUUAUCUAUAGUAUAGGACUAGUGUGUGUCUAUCUACACAAAUCAGCCAAUGGAUCUCUAGUUCACAUUUUAUCACCUUCUGAUAAAAAUGGAUGUUUAGAAGCACAGAUAGUGUACACAUCUUUACUGUUGUAUAUUUUAGUAUCAGUGUGGAAUAAAUUUCAAUAUGACAAAGACAAAUACUACAAAAUGUCUUCUGAAGUACACACAGCAUUUAUAUUAUUACUCUUGGUUUUAUCUAGACCUCAUAACAUUAUUUUAGUGGCCAUGAUGGUUGUUCAAGAUCUUUUAAUAGAGUUGCACAUCUGGCCAAACUCAAAAUUCUCUAUAUCUGACUGGACUUUAUAUUUUCUCUGGAUGGGCCAGGGAACAUUUUUUUAUCAGGGAAAUUCUAACAGCAUUUCAACAGUAGAUGUGUCAGCAGGUUACAUUGGUCUCCAUGACUACCAACCCAUAAUAGUGGGAUGUUUGUUGACCCUAUCCUCGUAUGGUGGAAUUAUUUUCUGGAUGUUGUCAUUGUUAAAACUUAUAUAUUGGAAAAGUCAUCAGGAUGAAGACAAAGAUAAUAAGUCAACAAUUAGAAGGUUAAAGAACAAUUUGCUAGAAUGUGUCCAUGUUGUUUGUCUGUUUCGAGCACUGCCUCUGUCUGUCUAUACUGUAUUAGUGACAUUUAUGAGAUAUCAUCUUUUUGUGUGGACAGUCUUUUCACCUAAACUUUUGUAUGAAGGCAUGUUAACAGUUGUCUUGUCUGUGAUAUCCUUUAUUCUGUUAUUGUGCAAUAUUAUUUUAUAGAUGAAAGUAUAUGCCAUUAUUUUUAUCUUACUAUUUAUUAUUUGUUGUUUCAUUACAAUUUACAAAAUUAAUGUGCCAAUAAUUUUUGUAUGAUUUGCAUAAUAAGGACUAGUGAUUGUUUUCUUCUUCUUUACACUAUAUACUGAACUACUUUUGUAAACA